CAUCGUCGCUCAUAGUCAACCCGUGGCAUGUUAAUGUUUACCGAAUUCAUGCCGGUCCGACUCCGACUCGGAGACGGCUGCAAUGGCAGUGCCAUUACGUCGAGCGCAGCAUGAGUUUCGCACGCUUCCUUGUUGCGCUCUGGUUCGUCACUAUUCAAGCCGCUCCGACUACCCGCAACAUGAAUGCGUUCCGCCAGCCUGUCGUCGCCGUUUCACACGGUGCGGGGCCGCUCUGGCUGCUCGACGAAGGUGCCGAGGGACUUGACAAGCACUCGCAGUCUGCCAAGAACGUGGCGGAUAUCUUCAGCAAAAUCUACUCGAGCGAUGCCCAGUUGCCUAAGCGCAUUCUCUUCAUCUCAGCGCACUGGGAGGCGCGUAGCACCGGCUUGGAGAUCUCCAAGUCCGCAUCACCCGAAAUGUUCUACGACUACAGUGGCUUCCCUGCUGAGGCGUACGAACUAGUGUACGGCGCCAAGGGCGACCCCGCAUUCGCCGCACGAGUGAAGAAGCUGCUGGAGCAGAGUGGGAUUAUGUCCAAGCUCGUGGACCGUCCGUUCGACCACGGCACGUUUGUGCCCAUGUUCUUGAUGCGCCCACAGGCCGACAUUCCCAUCGUAACCAUGUCUAUCAACGAUCGCAUGCUCGAUGCGAACAACCACUUCAAACUCGGCAUGGCUCUUGCCCCGCUUCGUGACGAGGGCACGCUGAUUAUCACGUCGGGUCAAGCUACACACAAUAUGUACGCAGACUGGUUCCCUGAAGGCCACCCGAUCGAGCCCUGGGCGCUCGAGUUUCAGAGCUGGUUGGACAAGACACUCUCGACAGCGUCUACACAGACCUACAAGGAGCGGAUGGAGUCAAUUGUCGCUUGGAAGAAGGCUCCGUACGCCUCGAAAUGCCACCGCACACCGGAUCACUUUACGACGUUUGUGGUUGGCGCGGGCGCUGGAAUGGAGGAAGGUUCUCCUGCUGCGAAGAAGCUAAACGGUGGAUGGGGACUCGGACAUAUGUCCUUCGCCUCAUACGCCUGGGGAGUAGACUCAAAUUUAAGCUAUGCAGUCAAGGACGAGUUGUAGCGGAGACGGUAACGCAGACACCGUUUUUAAUGUACUCUUCCUACUGUCUUCCUCGAA